AGUGAUACAAAGUGAGGUCGAGGAGAAGAAUGUUGAAGUCGAAGACGAAACUGCUGAAGUUGAGGACGCUAGAUUGACCGACAGCGAGGAAGAGGUGAUCGACGAUAUGGUUGCUGCCACAGUGGAUGAAGUCCUGAGUAUCACGUCGUCGGAUGAACAACGUGAGUCCCUGACUCUCGAAGCCCAUGAAGCCGCUGUGGAGUGCGCUGUGAAUGACGCCGCUAGGGAGUCAGUGACGAUCAAGACUGCUGAUGUAUCUGCAGUGGAGACCGUCGAAGAGAAGCAGACCACAGUCGAACCCGUUGAAGAGGCUUGCGUCGAGGAAUCUGCAGGUGAAGAGGCUGAUAUGCCUGUCUCGGAGACGGUGGCGAAGGAGGCGACCGACGAGAUCGAGUCGAACGAAGUGGUUGCUGUGGAUGAUGCCAUUAACAAUAACGAGACUGUCGUCAAGCUUGUCGUUGAAUCCAUGGUGGACACGCUGACGGAGGAACAGCUUUCGGUUGACGAGGCCACAGCUAAAGAAGUCGAGGAGGUCACGGCGGCGUCUGCAUCGGACGAGCUACCAGUCGAGGAAAUUGUUGACGUGGAGACCACUGCAGAGACUGUCAUCGCAACUGAGCCUGUCGUCGAUGAGUCUACGUCAGCCAUUGCCCGGCAAUUUGCCGACGUUGAGAACCCUGUUUUUGAAGAAGAUGAGGCCGACAACACGAGUACAGAGGAAUCUGCUUCGGAAGAGCCUGUCGCUGCGACGGAAGAACCAGCUUCCGAGGAGAUCAUUGAAAACGAGGCGGUAGAUGUGGUCGAGACGGCCGACGAGGCCACGGCCGUGUCCAUCACUGAUGAGUUUGAUGCGGUGGCUGUCGCUACUACGGAGUCGGAGGCUGAGCCAACAACGGAGGAGGCAGUUGAAGAGCCUGACGCCACUGCUGCUUGCGAAGAGUUCGUGGCCGCAGAUCCAGAACCUGUUGCUGAUGGUGCGUCUGAGGAAGAUGCUGCAUCGGAGGAGGUUGACACUGCCAUAGUUGACGAAGAGCCCCAAGCUAAUGGUGAUGCCGAUCAGGACUCCGCUAUCGACGAGCCUGCAGCCACUGAGCCAGUCCCAUCGGGUAACACUGCUUCUGAGGUGGAGACUCUCCAGACUGCUGCCGACGCCGAAGAGCCUGCCUUCACAGAAGACAGUACUCGUGAGCUGCCUGGUGUUGCGGGCGAGGACGCUGCUACCGUAGACCCUGAGUCUGCCGCCGUUGCGCCUGAGAUGGAGACGUCUCCGGCCGGUGACGCUUCACCUGAAGUGAAGGAGACUGCAGUUGACACGGACGAGCUGUCCGUUGCUAAAGAACUCGAUGCUGUGCCGGCGGAGAAGAGUAGGGACGUCGCUACCGAGGUGCCUGCGGAGGUAGGAGCCGUCGCCGAAGCGGCCGACACGCAGAACGAUCGUGGCGGUGAGCGGGAGCCUGCCAUUGUCGAUACUGUUGCGGAGACGGUGGCAGAUGAUGGUGAGGAAAAUGCCACUGUGAGCGACGAGACGAAUGACCUUGAGGCUGCAGCAGAGCAGCGCGAAGAAGAAGAAGAAGAGACUCCCAAGGCUCCAAGCUCUGGCGGUUGGUUCAAGAACUUGCUGUUCCGGAACAAGGCGACGCACAAGACGGCGCCGGUUUCGAAGCCGAAAAUCGAGCCCAUCAAGACCGUUAAGCCUGUGGCGGAACCCUUGGAUGACGCCGCCGAGACCGGACAGGAGCGCGCAGCUGAGACGGAUGCGUGUAUCCCUGCAACGAACGACGAGGUUGAAGUCGCAGAUGAGCCUGUCCUCGAAGAUUUGGUCGACGCCGGUCAAGAAGUUUCUGCAGCCAUUCCGCAAGUUACGUUGAUAGACCAAGAGGCCGACAUGGAGACGCCGGCAGAGCAUCAAAAUGGUGCGACUCAGACUGGGAGCAUCGAAACGGAGGCGUCGACCAAGCAGAAGACGGUGUUGAAGACAGCGGAGGUGGACGCAUCGUCGGACACUGACAGCUCAGCGGAGACCAAGCCGGACGUUGAGGCCGACGAGGAGAACGCGGUUGAUAAUGAGGACGUCAACUUGACGGACAUCGAAGAAUUGGCAGAGUCUGUUACGGUUAACAAUGUUCCUGCUGAGCUGGAGGCAUCCGAGACUGAAGUAUCUGAUGAGGAGGCAACCGUGGCGAUUAAAGACGCCACAACUGAGCCUGCCAAUGAGGAGGUUUCUGCUGUUGAUGAGGUAGCAGAGCCUGUUGGACAGAAGGCUUCUGAGCCUGCAGAGGUGACGACCGUCGGAGCUGAGAAGACUGAGGUGGAGUUUGUUGAGGUUGCUGAACCUGUGAAGGACCAAGGAAUCGAGACUGAACCUGCUUCCGUUGACUCCCUUGACGUGAAGUCUACUCAAUCAGAGCGCAUCGAAGAUAAGAAUGCUGGCGAGAUCGAGAUCGUCGAGGACGCUAAAGAUGUUGGUGUGGAGAAACUUGCUACGGUUGAAGGAUUGAAGCCUGAGCGAGUUGAAAUUGCUGCUAUGGUUACCGAUACCGAGGAUGUAGUCGAGGAUGCAGUCGAGGAGAUUGUCGAGUCGGCCGGGACUGAAGAAUCCGAUCAGGAGCGGGUCACUGCAACGGUCGAAGACGCUGCAGUGGAGAAAACAAGUGAGACCGAGUCAGCUGUGGAUGAGACGACAGUUUCUGUUGAGCAGGAGGCCAAUGAAGCUGCAGAGGUGACGACCAUCGCAAUCGAGAAGCAGCCCGUAGAGGAUGCUGAGUCGGUAAAGGAAGAAGUUGCUGAGUCCGAGCCUGCGUCCGUUGAUUCUGCUCAACCGGAACCCAUCAUCGAGGUGGCUGAAGAUGCUGAGGCUGAGUCGGCCGCGGUCGAGGAGAUCGUCGAACCUGUUAAUGAUGAAGCUGUGGAGCCUGAGCCAGUCGAAGAUGCAGCUGUCGUUGCUGAUACCGAGGGUGCAGUUGAGGAGCCUGUCGAGACGGAGGCUGCUGGGACGGUCGACAACACUGCAGUUGACGCUGUCAAGGAAAAGAUAGUCGAGCCCGAGGAAAUCACCGAGACCGAGACUAAGGCUGCAUUGGAUGAAGUGGUUGCACCUGGUGAGCAGGAGACUACCGUGGCUGUGCCUGAUGCAGAGGUGAAGACCGAUACAGCUGAGUCAACUGAGGUGGAGCCCGUCGACGUAGCGGAGACAGCUGAGUCUGUAGAGGUUGAGCCCGAGUCAGCAUCAGUUGUGGAGACUAAAUCCUCCAAUGUUGAUGCUGCUCAAACGGAGCUCAUCGAAGUGAAGAAUGCUGCAGAGGUGGAGACUGUCCAGGUGGCCGAAACUACUGAAGCUGAGUCGAUCGUGGUGGAGGAUGUGGCUGAAUCUACUAAGGAUGAAGACGUGAAGCCUGAACCUGUCGAAAAUGCUGCUGCCGUUGCUGGGACGGAGAAUCCGGUCAUCAAGACUUUCGAGACUACUGAGACCGAAGAUACCGUUGACGCUACAAGCGACGAGGCUACUGCCGCGAUCGCGAUAGAAGAAGCGGAGAAACCUGUUACGAUUGCGACCGAAGAGGGCCUCGCAACCGAGAAGAAUGAUGACAAGCUUGACGAAGCUAUCGUCGACAACGCGGCUGAAGUCGAGGAUUCUAAGGCAAUUCCUGAGAAGAUUCUUGUCGAUAGUGAACCUGCAUCAUAUAGCGUCGUGAAGAUGGCCGAAAAAGCUGUCACCGAGACCGAUGUGACCGAACCAGUUGAGGAAAAGAUUGUCGAGGAGGUUGCAGCCGAGGUUGAAGACGUUGCCGAAGUGGCAGUUGAAGAGGUUGCAGCUGAAUCCGAGGCCGAAGCCGAGACUGAGCAGGCAGCAGUCGAAGCCUCUGUCACUGAUAUCGAAAAGGAUAAUCAGGAAGAGAACGCGGUCGAGCAAGAAGUCGUUGAACAGCAAAGCGUCGAGAGUGAGGAAGAUUCCUCUGCAGUGGAUCAGACUAAAGAGGUUGGCGAUCAAGAAGUCGCAAAGAAGCCAAGCAUCGAGACUGAUGGCGUUGGGACUGAGGCAGUCGAGGUUACCACAGGUGAAGACACUGCAGCAGUGGAAGAGAUCGAGCCAGAUCUCGAUGCUAAUGACAAGGCUGAACCCGCCGUCGAACCCGUUGUCGAACCGGCUGAAGAGGAGCCAACGGAGGAGAAAAGCGUCGAAGUCGAAUCAGCUAUUGACACCGAAGUUGCGAGUGGGAAGGUGAAGGAGACUGAACAGAGCGUCGAAGAAAUAGCUGAAGAAUAUCCUGCUGCCACUCCGGUAGAGGAUGUCGAAGCUGCUUCAGCUAUCGUAGAGGUCACCGAGUCUGAGCCUGAACAAACUUCUGCUGUGGCUGAAAAGAAGUCUACCUCCUCUCCACCUGUAAGCGAAAGCGACGAGAACGAGACUUUGAAGCCUCAGCAAGAGUAUGAAGUCGACACGAAGCCAAUCAGUGCGGUCGCCAUGCUAAUUGGCCGCUUUGAGCAGAUCGCCAAGCGUAAUGCAGAGGACGCUGCAAACUCACGCACCUCAUCUCGAGCACCUUCCCGUGCAUCAUCGCCGCUUCCAUCGCCACCGACGACUUGCCCCCGCGGAGAUGUCUUUGAGACCGCGGCGCAGAAUACUGAGACGAUCGAGGAGACCGAUAUGCAACCUGAAGUUGUCACUCAAGUUGACCCGAUCAAGGAGGAAGGGGAGACGCAAGUGGCACCAGAAGAGGAAGAGAUUACGAUUGAGGAGACAGUUGUCGAGACGUCGACACCUGAGACUGAAGUUGCGGUGGAUGACACUUUUCCUGUUGUCGAGGAGGAGACUCCAUCCACUGCUGUUGUUGAAGAGACAGCUGAUGAGACCGUCGACGAAACCCCAGUUGCCGAGGUCAAAGACGAGCAGGCCACUCCCGAAGCCGACGUCGAGGUUGAAGCUGUCACCGACGAGAUUGUAGUAGAGGAAGCUCCUGCUGAGACGGUGGAGUCGACGACUGAAGAGGUUCAUGCAGACGUGGAAACUUCUGCAGAGGAUGUCGAAAUGGAGGAGGCUCUGGCUGAGCCGGAGCCUGAAGCAGUCGAGCAGGAGAUUACAGAGGAAGAAUCCGCCGAAGGAGCCAAGGAAGCUGAAGCAGUCGAGACGGUUGGAGUAGCUCCAGUCGCCGGCGAGAAUGUAGUCGAAGACAAUGACGAAGCAGGAGCCGAUACCACUCGCGAAACGCAGACGAUCACGACAACCUACGAAGCUGCCGAGACGUCAAUCCUGUCAAUGGAAACCCCGGAAGACACAACACUUCGAAACGAUGAAACUUCGGGAGCUGAGGAGGCACCAGUCGAGGUUAACGACGCAGCUGUGGCCACUGCUGACUUCACUACCAACGAAACAGUCGAAUCCUACGUGUCAGGGAUGGAAGAACCCGUUUUGACUGAGGAACCAGAGACCGCCAACCAAAUUGAAGAGGACGCGAGCGACUUGGCGUCUGCGAUGAAGGAGACGCAUACCGCUCACGAAGAGUCCAAGGAAUCGCCAGCUGAUAACCAGAACGAGUCGACGGAGAGGAGAAUGUCCUCCAUCUCCCCUAUGGCUCCCACCGUGCACACCGAUGAUACCGCGGUGACGAACGAAGACACCGCGAAGGCUACAGUGGAGACGGCAUCCACGAGUCUGACGGCGAAAGCGGUCGCUGAUGAUGCGACAGUAGCGGAGAGCACACCCGAACGUGAUUCCAGCCACCUCCUUCCCCACGAGCACUUGACGUACGAGAUUCUGGGCGUCACACGUGCCAACAACGUGAUCAUGUAUCACAUUUACACUGUCAACAGUGCAACUGGAGAGCGAUCGAUGUCAAUCCCCAAGCGAUACUCGGAGUUCAAGUUACUGGCCGAACAACUCCGAGCUUUGGACAUUCCGGCUGCACACGAUAUACCCGAGCUGCCCAAGCCUAGCGUAGGCACUUUUUUGCGGGGCCGACGCAGCAAGAAGACGAUCGAGAUGCGCGAGAAGGCAUUCGGAGACUUUCUUUACUACAUCUCACAGCAUGAAGAGCUCCACGAGUGUGCAGUCUUCCAGCAGUUCAUUGCCAACUAAAUGCGUGUGCAGUGAAGCAGGAAGGAGAAAAAGCGUGCGCGUUGUAUAAAGUAUAGGUAACUACAUUAUUUGAACUCUGGUCAAUGUACAUAUUCUAAGUCACACUUCAGCCACCGUUUAUUUCAUUCAAAGCUGUUGAAGAUAUUUUAGCAAAACUAAAUCACAUCG